UCUCCUGAAAGACACUUUGCUUUCAACAAACAGUACCAUUGUUUUGAAAAUCUGUAGCCUGUAAAGUUGACUGCAUUGGGCUUGGUGUUCAAAUGUGAAAAGAUGAGAAUUCAAACUGGCUGGCUUAUCUGAAACCAUCAUUUGCAGCAAAGCAAAGGAAUGUAUCUUCAUCCUUCUUGCUUCGGAUUUUCAAGUUGCAUGAACGGAACUGGCCUUGCAUUGUUACACUAUGUGGUGAUCUGAAAACAAAGGAUCUUGCUCAAUGAGGACCAAAGCUGUAAGCAACACUCGCAACGGGAGAAGAAAAGCAAACUUAAAAAAGGGUUCUGAUGCUGAGCAGGAUGCUGCUAUCAAACUUGCCAAAGAACGAGCUGACAUAGUUGCCAAGUAUGACAGAGGCCGUGAAGGUGUGCAGAUUGAGCCUUGGGAAGAUGCAGACUACCACCUUUACAAAGUUACUGACAGAUUUGGUUUCCUGCACCAAGAGGAGCUACCUGUCCAUGAUGCAGCAACAGAGAGGCAAAAGCAGCUUGAAAUUGAAAGAACUACAAAAUGGCUGAAGAUGUUGAAAAGCUGGGAGAAAUACAAGAACACAGAAAAGUUUCAUAGGAGAAUAUAUAAAGGAAUUCCACUGCAGCUGAGAGGUGAAGUCUGGUCUUUGUUGCUUGAUGUCCCUAAAAUGAAAGAAGAAAUGAAAGACUAUUAUAAUACCUUAAAAACCCAAGCAAGAGGUACCUCGCCAGAUAUCAGGCAGAUUGACCUUGAUGUAAAUCGGACAUACCGGGAUCAUAUCAUGUUUAGAGACCGAUAUGGAGUUAAACAACAAGCUUUAUUCCAUGUUUUAGCUGCAUAUUCUGUGUAUAAUACGGAAGUUGGAUAUUGUCAGGGAAUGAGCCACAUCACAGCUUUACUUCUUAUGUACAUGAAUGAAGAAGAUGCCUUCUGGGCCCUGGUGAAACUCUUCUCAGGACCCAAGCAUGCUAUGCAUGGUUUUUAUAUUCCUGGUUUUCCCAAGCUGUUGAGAUUUCAAGAGCAUCAUGAGAAAAUAAUGAAGAAAUUUUUGUCUAAGCUUAAGCAGCAUUUUGACUCCCAGGAAGUCAACACUACGUUUUACACAAUGAAAUGGUUUUUCCAGUGUUUCCUUGACCGUACUCCCUUUACGUUAACCCUCAGGAUCUGGGAUAUCUACAUACUUGAAGGAGAACGGGUUCUCACUGCGAUGUCUUAUACCAUUUUGAAACUGCACAGAAAACACCUGAUGAAAUUGCAAAUGGAAGAACUCGUGCAAUUUCUUCAGGAGACCCUCGCCAAAGAUUUCUUCUUUGAAGAUGACUUCGUAAUAGAUCAGCUCCAGAGUUCCAUGGCGGAGCUGAAACGAGCAAAGUUGGACCUGCCAGCAGCAGGUAAAGAUGACGAACUUCCAAAGAAGUUGGGGAAAGUUCCGCCCGAAUCUCAGCCUGCCAUGCUUAAUCUUACUCAUCUGGUCAAUGGGCAGAGCGGCACUAGUGCAGCAAGCAAUGGCCGGGCUAGCCAGAGGGGAGGACGCAGAGCAUCUAUAGAGAGAGGCCAGGAAAGCUCGCCAGGCCACCGGAGGAGAAAGGAUUCGCUGGAAAGGAGACAGCAAAAGCCCGCGACGGCUAAUGUGCGGAGUGGGUUGCUAAAGCAUGACUUGGAGAGCCCCAGGAAAAAACCUGAAGUUCAGCCAGAGUCUGACUCCAAGCAAAAUUAUAAUGCAUCUGCUAACCAAAAUUCCAACGCUACUUUAAAUACAGGAAAGGAAUUUGUGCCCAGGUGGAUUAAGCCUUCGGACGUCAAAAUCAUCGAAAAGACUGCAAAGCUGACCAUGGAGAUCAAGAUUCGAUCUGCAAACCAUGCCAGUUCGGGAAUGCCACCGAGUCCUGGACCUGAGGGACAGGCAUUCAACGUGAAGCAAAAGAUCAGGGCUUUGGAUGUCGAUGAGGGUAAGCGAGAGUCAAAUGCGUCGCAGUAUGACAAUGUGCCUGGUGGUGACCCAGAGAACGACAAUUCUGUGGAAGAGGUGCUAGAAAGGGCAAUCCUGCAAAGUCCGAGGAACACAGCUUACUCCCUCGGUUCAAGGAAGUCGACAGAGAAAACAUCUAGUCCACCAAAAAUAUCCAACAGUUACGCCUUCAGCUCACAACCAAGAGCCCCCAGAUUCUCUUCCCAGUCUGAUGGGGCAGAUAUUGGACAUAACUUCAAGCCGCCGCCACCGUCUUACAGUAACCCACCUGUUUACCAUGGAAAUUCCCCAAAGCAUGUUACCAACAUGGUUCAUUCCAGCUUCGUAGCCACACAGUAUAAUUACGGGAAUCGAACCGGCUCUCCCAGCCGGCCCUACAUCCCUGAACUUCCAACAGAGAUGUUUACUGAUAGACCACAUAGAAAUUACGCUGUCAACCACCAGCAUGUGGUCGUGACUCCUUCUAGUCGAAUCGAAGUCCUCCCAGUUGAAACUUAUGCAAGCAAACCUAAGUCGCCCAAUGUCACCAGAUUUGUAAUCCCCCCAGCAGAUUAUUUGCCAGACAGUCGAAAGUGGCCUGAUUCUUACACGCAGUCCUGGAGCCAAGAUGGUAGCCGAAGCCACUUGGCUAACUUGAGGAGAUACCCGCCUUUUCAAUUGACACCUGUUAAAGAACAUAAUCUCUCCACCAUUUCAGUGGAUAGCCCUAUAAGAUACAGGACUUCCCCACCCUCUGAAGAGCUCGGCUUGCCACACUACCAGUAUCCUAGUUCCCCAAGCCCUGCACACCACUACAGACACCAGACUGACGGGUUGUCCAUGCAUGAAUCAGUCCUGCUUUGAGAAACGACACGUGCUCACCUGAAAGGCCAGGGGAGGAGCAUGCAGUGGUUGCACGUCUGGGGUUGGUGGUCAUCCAAGAUUCAUGAUCUUCAUACAGGACAAUUCAGAUAAAGGCAUAUGCAAACUGACACUAUUUCACAGCUCUGUUAAAUGUUGACGAAAGCUGAAAGUGAGCAUUGAAAACGGACGAAAAGGUUGGAUUGUCAUAAACAUAGCAAUAGGUUUGUAUGUUCAGCGUGACGACCAUGGCGGUUGUUUGUUACGUUCGUGUAGCUAAUUGAGCAAAUGACCUUGUUGCCUAAAACCUCAGUAAGCUGCUUUUUGACCUGACACUACAAUUGAUUGUGUGUUCACGUGUGGCAACAGAAUUACAGAGUCUAAAAUGGAGGCGUGUGUAUUCAUGGACUGCAUCCACAAAGUACAUUUUAUGUCUUUUUCUUUUUUUCUUUUUUCUUUGGUUAACUUAAUUUAUAAACCAUCCCAUUCACUUGGGAUGGGGGUUUAUUGACGUUCUUCUGUACAUUGUCUCAGUAACCCAGGAGUGAGCAUUCUGGGUUAUCCAGAGCAGAGAUGCUACUGCCUAUGGCUCACAUAGAAAGGAGAAGGUUUGACACCCAAAGCAAAGGCAUUCUGAUACAGCCAAUAAAUGGUGCUUAUUCUAUCAGGACUGUCUGCGAAUUGUAGCAUGUGUCUAGGAUGUCGAUGGUAUUUGAGCCCGCCACCCACAUUUGCAUAUCCAAAGGCAGUUCUGCAGUGCAUUAGGUCUUCAUUUUUAAAUCUCAAAUGUGUGUUUUGAUGGAGGGGAGGGCAGAGGUGCAAUCAAAUACAAUACUUUCAUCAUUCGCACACAGAACUGCUAAUAUACCGUGAGUGUCAGUGACUAUAGAAGGCCUGCACAGAUAUUUGGAACAUAUGCUUGGCAAAUGAUGGGUUUGUGCUGGUCCACACCACUCUUGCCUGCCUUCUGAGUGCUGGAUUUCAUGUUUGCACAUGGAGUCCAAUGUAUGUUGGUCCAAACCCUAGGAUCUGUCCCCUUCAAAUCUGAUGGCUCGCAGAGCACGUGCUUCGGGUCCACGUGGGCCAGGCACUGUGUAUGUGCCUGAUGCAAGCACGAAAGCCAGCAUGUCAGCUGCAGGUGGGAGUGAGCAUGCUGCGAUGUGGUAUCCUUCUCCUGCGUCACACUAAUGUUCUGUACACCCACAGAGGGCUACCUGAAAUGCAGCCAGAAAGCAACUUUUGUUUAAUGGGUUCAUUAAGCGAGUUGCUUUUGACCAUGGUGGCUGCAUUUCAGGGCUUUCUGUAAAUACACAAAAGUGCAACGCGAACAGUGUUUAACGGAAAGAUUAAAAGGCGUCUUUUAAGCGCCACUCUUUCCUAGAGAUGGCAUUUCCCUUCAGCCCCGACAAAGAGGUUUUGAUCCCUUGAAAAGCAUCGGCUAUUCCUGUAAUAAUAAGAGUUUUGUCUUUUCAGAACCAACUUUGAGAAACCAAGAUGCUUUUAUCGCUCUUUGUCGCGUACACCAUUGAUGUUGCCUUUUGUGUCUGGCACCGGGGCUGCCCAUCACAUCCAGUGUUCUUUUGAGUGUACCACAGGCACAGUCUGCCAGGAAUGCCUAUUAAUUUUCACUGUGGCUUAACCAGAGGGUGUUUCUGGUGGGCUGCAAAAAAUAUAUACCUCCAUAACUGGUGAUCCACCAAAGUCAAGGCAGCAUACGGGCUGUAGAUUGUAGCCUACCAGGCACCUGCUUUCUCCUUCCUUCUCCUUUCACCCACAUCAACGCCCACAUUGCACCGUGUUCUUGCUGUCCCAGCAAGUUGAUGUAAACAAUGGGCUCCUUGAGCCUUUGGAGGGUUGAAUUUGACUUGGUGAGCUGUGAGCCGUGCAGGCCAGUUUCAGAGCCCGUCUCAGGUGCACUUCGAAACACUACCCUUCCAUGUUCAAAUCAUAGCUUGCCCUUUACUUCUGUAAAGACAGAAAUGCGCAGUUAUGAUUUGGGAACAUCGGCACCAAAGGUGGCCGGUUCAUAUCCCAGCAGGGUUUUUUGUGCUGGUCUCAGAAACGUUUGAGCUGUUUCCCCCCCACCCCACCUCAAUUUGUAUUCCUGUGUUUCUGGCACCCCCUCGCUCCUUUGCUUCCUUGUCAGUUCCCACAAUGUGCUUGAGCGUCUUGUUUUUCUUGAGAGCAAUAGACUUUUAUGCCCUUGAUUGGGCUAGCGCUGCUGUACCAUUAGGCCCUUAAGAGAUGAUUGUAGGUAUAAAGUCUAAUGCCGAAGUGCUCCCUCAUUGUUAAUCGGAAGCCAGCAAAUUCGUUGUAGCGAAAUGCUUUGCAAUCAGGGCCUGCAACCUUGGGUGGGUGGGUGGGUAUGUAUGUUGCUUUCUCCCUCCACUCCCAUUUUGCUUUGAUAG